AUCGACAGGAAUAGCGCGAAAUCUGAUGAUUCAAAAUUUAGUUUCCAACCUUUGUAUCUCGUAGAUAACCGCAUUGUUUCAAUGUAGUUUCAUCAUGAGCUCGUUUAGAAAAAUUGUCUUAGCAGUCUAGCCAGAUAGAAUAUCAAAUUAAUAUUAAACUACGUAGUAUCAUGGAAUAAUGAGGAAAACAUGUUUGUUUGAUUGAAGAACAAGAUAAAAAAACAUUAUGUUACAGAAUACGAGAGAGGAGAGUAAAAAAAUGUGUAAUAAAUAUGUCAUCGGUUAUUGGGUGCGGGAAAAAAAACGACAGAAAUUAAACUUCGACGAUUUGGAAAAAGUAUGCAGAAACGAAGGAUUUUCUUUAAAAUUAGUUGAUAUUAAUUCGAAUUUAGAAUCCCAGGGACCACUUCACGUAUUUCUACACAAACUUGUAGAUUUAUUGGCACGUGCUGAAGGCGGAGAUGAAAAUGCCAUAACUGUUACAUCCAAAUUGCAAGAAUAUAUCGACAAACAUCCUGAAUUAAUUGUUAUCGAUCCUUUAGAGAAUGUUAAGAAAUUGCAUAACCGAUACAAAUAUUACAAAACUAUUCAAGAAAGCAUACAUAUUAAUGAUCUGUUUAUUCCAAAUUUUGUAGAAUUAAAAAGUACAAAUGUUCUUGAAAAUAUGCGCAUUCUACAACAGAAUAAUAUUAAGUUUCCUUUCGUCUGCAAGUCACUUCUUGCUCAUGGAACAAGUGAUGCACAUAAGAUGAUGGUCAUUUUCAAUAAAAAAGAUUUAAAAGACUGCCAACCUCCGUGUGUUGCUCAAGACUUUGUCAAUCACAAUGCCAUUUUAUACAAAGUAUUUGUAGUUGGAAAAAACUUCCAAGUUGUUGAGCGACCAAGCUUAAGGAACUUUUAUUCAGAUGAUUGUGCGUCAUUGAGCACAUUGUUUUUUAAUUCCCAUGAUAUAUCUAAACCCGAUUCUAAAUCUAAAUGGUCUAUAUUAUCGGAGGAACAUAUACCUACCAUUGUUAAACCGAACAUAGAAAUAUUGGAGGAAAUCAUUAAAAAGAUAACCAAAAUAUUUGGGCUUCAUUUGGUUGGCAUUGAUAUUGUGAUAGAAAAUGAUACUAAGAAAUAUGCUGUUAUAGAUGUCAACGCUUUUCCUGGCUAUGAUGGAUAUCCAAAUUUUUUUCAGCAUUUAGUAGACAGUAUUAAACAACUAAUAACAGAGCGUAAAGUCGUUAGACAAAAUUGCAAAAGUUCUACGUUAAAAAAAUCUCACAGCGAUGAUUUGGAUUCUGGUUUUGAAAGCGACGAGAAAAAGAAAUGGUCUACCAAAUAAACAGAAAAUACGUAAUUAAAAAAAAACCGCUCUUAUUUGCUUGUAUUUCUAAAAACAUUCGCGUUUUUAUAUUUAUAUGAAAUUAUUAAAAAUAUAAACAGCGUCGAUUAUUAUCUUAUUUAA